AUGGACGCCAUGUCGAUCACCACCGCCGCCCGCAUCAACAGUUUAGCCGGAACAAACUUCCAUACGUGGAAGUUCAAGAUGCAGAUGGUGCUGGAGGAGCGCGACUUGUGGGAUGUCGUGAGUGGGGAGGUGAAGCUUGAGCACUGCGUGACGACAUUGGACCAAGCAACGUUCAAAAGGAAGUCGCGCAAAAAAUAA